GUCAAGAUUGUCAAAAUGUCAAAUGAUGAAAUGUCAGAAUUCAUAAUAAACGAGCUAGAAAUGGCGACUGGCCCCAAAAUUGCAACAACUCCACUGGGAUUAUUUGAAGGACAUAGGGAAGCCCCACUUCUAUCUCAAAUAUGGGCUCCUUCUAUGUGUGCCACUGUAGGUUUUGUGAGUGUUAUAUUUGGAAACUGGGCCAGCAGAAGACCAUACUUUAGCGGAAUUCAGAAACACUUUAUAGCAGCCGGUGUAGGUGCUGCAUUAGGAAAAAUCAUUGAUGAUUACAGAAAUCAAUAUUUUGCUGAUAAAGAUGCCGUUUUGAGGCAUUACAUUCAGUUGCAUCCAGAGGAUUUUCCGCCUUACGAACGAAGGAAAAUUGCUGAUAUCCUCGAACCUUGGGUACCCAUUCGUUAAACUGUAAUUAUUGUAGAAUGUAUUUUGUUAAUAAAUUAUUUAGAAUUUUC